GAUGAGUGAAGAAGCAAAGGCAAAGGUUACUGUGUGUGUGGGUUACCUUGUCUCCGCCCCUCUCUCUUGCCUUGCCGGCUCUCUCGUCGGAAUUUCCGUACCCGAUUUUCUCCGAUCACCGGAUUCGAUCCAAUCUCGAAUCCCUAAUUCGUCGAAUUCCAUACCCUUCGAAUUCGAAUGGACGAUUACGCUAGCACCGAUGAGGAGUAUCGUUACUCCGAUCAGGAUGACUCCCUUGACGACGACGACGACGACGCCUUCGAAAAUGACGGCCAAGAUUAUGGCCUUCUCUCUUCCAAGGCUCCCACUAGUCAGGUGAUAACUAAGGAGUCAUUGCUAGCUGCACAGAGGGAUGAUUUGCGCAGAGUGAUGGAGAUGCUUUCGGUGAGGGAGCAACAUGCGCGUACGCUGCUUAUUUAUCAUCGUUGGGAUGUGGAGAAAUUGUUUGCAGUGUAUGUAGACAGGGGGAAAGAAUUUCUGUUUCGUGAAGCUGGUGUUAGUGUGGAUGAACAUCGUGACUCGGUGGUUCAUGCUUCUGUGAUGUGCGAAAUCUGCAUCGAGGAUGUUCCUAGUGAUGAAGCGACCAGAAUGGACUGUGGUCACUGCUUUUGCAACUCCUCUUUUACAGGUUGGACAGAGCACUUUAUUGUUAAGAUAAAUGAGGGUCAAAGUAAACGCAUUAGAUGCAUGGCGCACAAAUGUAAUUCCAUUUGUGAUGAAGCUGUCGUAAGAACUCUACUCAGUAAAAAGCACCCUGAUUUGGCGGAGAAAUAUGAGCGGUUUCUUCUUGAAUCCUACAUUGAAGACAACAAGAGGGUUAAAUGGUGUCCAAGCGUGCCUCAUUGUGGGAAUGCAGUUCGCACUGAGGAUGAUAACUUGUGUGAGGUAGAAUGUUCAUGUGGCGAACAAUUUUGUUUUAAUUGCUUGUCAGAAGCACACUCCCCCUGUUCAUGCUUGAUGUGGGAGCUUUGGACUAAGAAAUGUCGAGAUGAAUCAGAAACUGUUAAUUGGAUAACAGUUCAUACAAAACCUUGUCCAAAGUGCCACAAACCGGUGGAGAAGAAUGGUGGUUGUAACUUGGUUAGCUGUAUAUGUGGCCAAGCAUUUUGUUGGUUGUGUGGUGGAGCCACUGGCCGAGAUCAUACUUGGUCAAGUAUAGCUGGUCAUAGCUGUGGUCGCUACAAAGAACAAGAAAAGACAGCUGAACGGGCAAAAAGGGAUCUUUAUAGGUAUAUGCACUAUCAUAACCGAUAUAAAGCUCAUACAGACUCCUUCAAGCUUGAAAGUAAACUAAAAGAGAACAUACAAGGGAAGAUUGCUAUUUCAGAAGAAAAAGAUUCUACACUCAGAGAUUAUAGCUGGGUAAAUAAUGGACUCUCCAGACUUUUCAGAUCUAGGCGUGUCCUUUCGUAUUCAUAUGCAUUUGCAUUUUAUAUGUUUGGAGAUGAGCUUUUUAAAGAUGAAAUGUCAGAAGCUCAGAGGGAAAUAAAACAGAACCUAUUUGAGGAUCAACAGCAGCAGCUUGAGGGCAACGUUGAAAAACUCUCUAAAAUUUUGGAGGAGCCUUUUGAAACCUUUCAAGAUGCAAAGGUGAUGGAGUUAAGGAUGCAAAUAAUCAAUGUUUCAACAAUUAUUGACAAACUUUGUCAGAAAAUGUAUGAUUGCAUCGAGAAUGAUUUAUUGGGCUCUCUCCAUCUUGGUGUUCACAGUAUAGCUCCCUAUAAAUCAAAGGGCAUAGAGAGGGCUUCAGAACUCUCAGAUUGUUGGAACAAUAAAGCCAAUAAUACUGGUGUAACUACAGAUCAUGAUUGGGCUUCUGGAUCAGGGUGUAGAGACGAGAGUGGAUGUUCUUCGCGUAAGCGUGCUAGAAAAGAGGGUGUUGGAGGCGCUGGCUUUUUUGAUCUAAACUUACCAGCUGAGUUUGUAGACAGAAAUUGAUUUUGAAGGAGACCUUAUAUACAUACAGGCGUACAGGUCUAACACAAAUUGCUUUGCUGCUUUGAUGGAAUUUCAUCAUUUUGGGUAUCACAUCUGUGUAAUUUAUGCCCCUAUUUGUGCUAUAUCUUUUGCUCUGGCCAUGCCUCGCUGCUGAGAUGAUUCUAAAGAAAUUCCAAGUUUCGUAUCUCUGCAUCAUCUGCCUCUGCUUUGAAAUCCUAAAGCGCUGUAUAUAUAGCAUUGGGCAUUAUUUCCUAGUAGUCUAUGUAAAUGUCUACUUGGGGUUCUAGCAGCACCUUGAGUACAACUUUUAGGAUAUUCCUAUGGAGUUACAAGUGAAGUUAACUUCACUUGUUUUUCUUCUAUUCUAUGCCUUUUGGGUAAUUUUCCUGUUAAAGAUUAAGGUAUAAUUUUCAAAUAUGAGACAUUUCUUUUAAAAACAAAUAACAAUUAGUUGUUGAACU